CUGCGAGUGCAUUUUCGAAGCUAGAAGUCAAGUCAGUCACCGAUCCCGCUCGAUCUACCGGGAGUAACCCCGAGCCUACGCCCCCUCGUCCCCGCCAUGGCCGAUUGGAGCCAGAUGCCGGAGGAACUCCUCCGCCUCAUCGCGCGGCGCCUCGGCACGCAGUUCGACGUCCUCCGAUUCCGAUCCGUCUGCUCUUCCUGGCGCUCCUCGGUCGCGCCAAGCCUUAAGCCCUUCCCGAACGGCCGAUUCCCGAUCAUCCCUGACGACGGCACCGGGGUAGACUUUCUCUGCAAGCGCACCAUCUACCUCCUCGGAGCGCCCCGAUCCGGCGACCGAACGGUCCCCAGCGGGUGGCUGCUCAAAGUCGCGGAGGACGUCCCCUGGGGGAUGAAUACACUGAACCCUCUCUCCAUCUGCGAAUCUGCUCCUCUGCCUGAGGAUUUUCCGAGAGUUUUGGACUUGAUGAAUCUGCGGGUGGUGGAGUUAGGGCACGAGGAUGUCUUUCAUGGCAAAUUGGCCAUGUUUAAAUCUAGGGAAAAGCGGUGGUCCAUCGUUCAGGACAUGCCGUCGCCAUAUGACGACAUGAUAUCAUUUAAAGGGGAGUUUUAUACCGUUGACAAUGCUGGGAGGACUGUGGUCGUCGGGUUGGAUCUGAGUGUGACUUUGAUUGCACAGCCGAACUUUGAUGGUCUCCAAACGAAGUGCUUGGUGGAAUCUGUGGGCGAACUGCUGUUGGUCUAUAUGCAUUGGGAUGAGACACCGAGAUUUAAGGUCUACAAGUUGGACAGAGAAGAGAAGGUAUGGAAUGAGGUGAAAGAUUUAGGGGAUAGGGUGUUGUUUCUGGGAGAUGAAUGUACAUUUUCUGCUUCAGCUGCAGAUUUAGGGGCUUGUAAGGGGAAUUGCAUAUUUUUUAUAGAUCAAGAUGGAGACAUAGCAGCUUCGAGCCUUAAGAUUGUUGUCUAUGAUAUGGAAAGUGGCAUUUUUGGACCUAUAGAAGAUUAUGCAGGUUAUUCAGAGCUGUUCUGGCCUCCUCCAGAUUGGAUUGCUUCGAAGACUUCGGAAGUAAGUAUUUGUUUUCUGGAAUUCUUCCAAUCAUCUAUUUUGCAUCAUCGUUAGACUUUUCAGUUUGUCCGUCCUAGGAAUCCGUAUAGGAGCACACUAGAGAUUUCCUCUGUUCUGUUGCAUAUUCUAAUACUACAUUCUAUCAUCAUGUUCUGAAAGUAUGUCGAAGCUACUUCCUUGCGGGCACUGGUUAUAUUUUUGCCAAGAAGGGAAACCAUGGACUAUAGUCAUUUCUAGGAGAAAAUGUUGGGACUUAACAUUAGAUUCCUCAUGCUUUAUCAUAGUUGGUUUCAUUCCUGGUAAAAAAUAUUUCAUUGAACAUUCUCUGUCAUUUUCCCUUCUAUAAACUAUUUUAUACUCUCUUGGUGAUAGCCUCAGGUUCGAAAUCAAUUGGAAUCACUGGUAGUGUAAUGCGGUGGUUGGUCUUCUUGGAUAUGGGGUGUUGCUACAAUUGAAUCAUUCUGUGGCAUUGUACAUGAAUAAUGCGGUAAGAAAAGGCAAGAGAGGUUGAUUCAGCUCACUGGAUGGACCAAGGCAACUCCUACCGAUGCUGAAGGCAAGAAGGUAAGUCUGGUCAGGCAACAAGGCAUCCUCUGAAUGACUGAUUAUGAGAUUAAUGCUCGGACUCCACCUAGAGGACCUGCAUCAUUGGUCAGGUCUUGUUGACUGUUUAUCAAGGAUUCCGCCAGACAAUCUCUGUCAAUUGAUGCAGAGGCACGUGAAGCCGUUCACUGUGCAUAGAUUUUAUUUUUUUGGGUCUCACUCCUCUUUUCUAUGUACAUGUGUCUGCGGUGCUCACGGAAUUUGAACUAUGAAAAGUAUGGUCUUCUGACCAUUUUUACCCUCUGUACUCACUUAUGGAUGCUUUUCUUAUUGUAAGUUAUGCUUCUAAAGUCUUUCCUUA